UCGUCCCAGUAGCAGAAUCAGAAGAAGAAAGAGUGAGAGAGAAGAUGUGUGGUGGUGCGAUAAUUUCCGAUUUUGCCCCUGUCGGCACAAAGGGCCGGAAACUGACGGCGGAGGAGCUCUGGUCGGAGCUCGACGCCUCCGCCGCCGAUCUCUGGGGCUUCGCCUCUUCCUCCAAUAAUCCUGAAUCCUUCUACCAAGCUCGCCGGAAAGGGAACGAGGCGGAGAAACUGGCGGCGGAGAAGAAGAAGAAGACGCCAUCUCCGGCGGAGGACCCGCCAUCUCCGGCGCCGGAGAGACGGCGGACGAGAAAGAACAUGUACAGGGGGAUACGCCAGAGGCCGUGGGGGAAAUGGGCGGCUGAGAUCAGAGAUCCACGGAAAGGCGUCCGAGUCUGGCUCGGCACCUUCAACACGGCGGAGGAAGCCGCCAUGGCCUACGACUCCGCCGCCAUACGCAUCCGCGGCGACAAGGCUAAGCUCAACUUCGCCGCCGGGCCUCCGGCCAAGAGAAACCGCGGAUUCGAGUCGACCCGGCCGAGUUUUCCGCCCGAAUUCCUCGACCCGGGUUUCCGGAUCGAGCCGGAUUACGACCUGAAGCAGCAGAUAUCGAGCUUGGAGACUUUCCUGGAGCUCGACGGCGGUGCAACAACCGAGUUCCCGAGUCAGCUCAGCGGAUGCGGAGCCGAGUCUGACACGGCGGCGGACCUGUGGACGCUUGAUGACGUCAUCGGGCAUCGUUCGUCCGUGUGAUAAAUAAGGAGUACGAUAUAUAAAAAUAAAAAGGUGAAAUGGGAUGAAAUAAAAAGGGUGUGGAGUUAGUGGGUAAUUUCUAUUAUAACAGCUGGUAACUUUGUACUGGUUUUACUGUGACGUUUUCAACGUUGUGUUUGUUUGUGCUUUAAUUUUGGGUCGUCGUUGUGAAUAUAUAAACGAAAUAAAUAUAUUUCUUCCCGGUCGUACGCGUUA